AUAGAGUCAGAGAGGGACGAAUCUCCAGAAUGUGUUUGUGCGAGGAUGGUCGCGGGGUUGAGAGACAACAAUAAACGGGACAAGGAGGCCUUCGGCGUUUCGGUUUCGCGUUCGCCAGUCGCGCGCGAAGGCUCGAACACAAGCUGAUCGCGGACCGAUGAUCCAAGUCUGACAGUCCGGACGAAGACAGACUGAGCUAACAAUAAGGAUUCUCGGUGAGAGCGAAGACGUAUCAUAAUGACAUCGACCUCGACCAGAAGAGGAAAGAAUCCAUUCGGCAUGAGAACGUACGAAAUUCUAAUUGCAAGCGCGAUUAUGCUGAUGAUUGGUCUCAUCAAUGCGGAUGAAGUCAUACAAUUCAAAAUCGACACACCUAUCCCGUGCGGAAACACGUCAGAUUGUAGGAGCACGCUGACACUUUCGAAAGAUGCUUUUUGCGAGGAUGGAUAUUGCAUGUGCCCGAAAGAAGAUACCGGAAUUAAAAUCUGUUCUAGCAUUAAUGCAUUCAUGCACCAGACUAAAGUACCAGGUCCGCUGGUCUAUCGAACGUGCAAACACGAUCAGGAUUGCAAAUUUGAGGGCGGAUUUUGCAACAAAACUAUUAGUCAGUGCGAUUGCAUAAAAGAUUAUGUAUCUUCAAAGAACAAGCAACAUUGUGUCAAAAAGGCUCAUUCGAUCGACGCUUUUUGCAAUGAUGAAAAUCAGUGUUUAGCGUUUCUGGCAAACACCACUUGUGAGAAUAACAAAUGCGCUUGCAUAUCCGGAUAUCAUUACGCAGACAAUGCAUGUUGGAAAAAGGCUGGAUACAACCAAGCUUGCACGAAAAAUCAGGAAUGCUCGCAUAUUGAGGGCGUGAUUUGCAGCAAUAUGAAGUGCGAAUGCGCGAUAGGAAUGGUGCUGAAUUCGGAUAGCAAGAGAUGUCUGAUGGCCGUGGAAAAGAUUCAGAGCGAAUGCACGGAAUCAAUCCAGUGCACAGUGACAUUCGAGCAUUCGUCGUGCCUCGACAAUGCAUGUCAGUGUGAAUCGGAUUAUCAUUACGAGCACGAUUUAGCGAGGUGUUUUCCCAACAAAGCGAUCGACGACGAUUGCGCAAAUAAUUACGAGUGUUAUCAGGCCGAGGAUUACGAGGAGAACAAUCCGCCGAUCAAGUCUAUAAUGUGCGAGGCUAAUAGAUGCACGUGCGCCGAAAAUUAUGUCAGGCAAGAUAACAAAUGCGUCAGCGCCGGUUCGUCGUCGCUCGGAAUAUCAAUAAUUUUCACUGUGAUAAUGCUAUUUUGUAGCAUUUUAAUCUUGUAAAGCGCUGUUAGCCGCAAAGUACAAUUUCCUCGCAAAAAACCACGAGGUAUUGUUGCAAGUCAACAGAUAAACUUAUGAUAACGUUAUGUAUAUUUGUAAGAAAAAUUUAAAGAAAAUAAUAUAUAAAUUAUUUUUGCGAAACGCAAAAAGAUAUGUGUUGUACGUAUACGGCUAAUAUUUUCGCGUUCUUUAUUGCGAGGGUUGCGAUUAUUUGUAUUAUUGAGGAGAGUCGCAAAUUUCUUACAAAUAACAGAAAUAUUGCUUUAACGUGCGCCAAAUUUGGGUCACAACACUACUAUACCUCACAAAUCAAGAUUCAUGCGAUUGCACGGAUUUUGUAUAUAAAGUAUGCGUGUAUACGUGUUCGUAGAACUGUCGUGAUGACAGUUCAAGAAUGAGAAAGAAAGAUAAAAAAAAAUAGUAAGACCAAAAAAAUUCACAUAUGAUGUCGCUCUUUGGAUAAGAGAAGAUCAUGUUACAUAUUAGAUUUAGAUGAUUGUAUUUUUAGUGAGUUGUGAUAUUUUUUAGAAUAUAGUAACAUAUUUAUAUAUUUAUAAAUCGCGAUUUUCCUUUAAGCGCAUAAUAUAAAACUCAGCUGUUUUUAA